CGGACACCUGUUGUUGUUUUGUCAGACCAUCUGGCGCCGAAUACAGCGAGUUAAAUAUAGUAAACAGGAAGUAUUUUCAAGAUGUCGGACGUAGAAAGCGAUAAAAUUGAAGCCUUUUUGGAGGAGGCAUUCCUUAUGGUAGAAGAGACGAAAAAUUAUAUAAUAGAGAAUCCUAACGGUCGAUUAUCGACAAUAGAUCACAAACGGUUCUUAAUAGAACAAAUGACAAAGAUUAUUUAUCUUGCCGAAGAAAACUUAAAAGAAAUUAGGGAAAAAUCGGAAUCAAGAGUUAAUAUAGAAAAUACUAUUACCAAAGAGGAAGUUAGUAAAAUGCUAGAUUUACAUAAUGAGUUAACAAUGACAGAAUUGAAGAAAAUUAAACAAGACAUUAGUGACAUAAAGAAAAUGACAAACCGUUGUAAUCUAGAUCAGAACAAAGAGAGUGAAAUUAGAAAUAAACUUAAGUCGGAAAUAACAGAAUUAAUACAAGCAAAUACUGAAAAAACGAUGGAAGAAAUCUUAACUGUUAAAGGAGGUAUUAAAGAUCUUAAUGAUAACUUACAUAAAGGAACUAGUGUAAAAGAGCAAAAAAUUAGCUAUAGCGAAGUUCUUAAACUUGGGAAAACUCAACCAGAAGUUAAGAUUAAGACUUCUGUACCACAGUACACUGUACUGGUAUAUAGCAAAAACAAGGGAAAUACUUCUGAGGACACUAAGCAGAUCUUGAUAAAGGAAAUCAAUCCGGUACACUUAGGAAUCGGGAUCAAAGGUCUUAGAAAAAUAAACCAAGGCGGAGUGGCAAUAGACCUGUACUGCACGGAAGACAUGAAUACUAUGGCUAAGGAAUUAAUAAAAGUGAAGGAAUUAACAACUAAAACAUCGCAGAAACGGUUGCCUAGAAUUAAAUUGGUGUCAGUCCCGAAAUCCAUCAAACAGGAAGAAAUCCUUGAUAUGCUUUAUGAACAGAAUGAGUGUUUUAACACAAACAUCUCACAAAAAUUCGUCAAUGAAGAAAUAACAGUGAAGUUUUCACUUCCACAAAAAGAUCAACACUGCGUGUCAUGGGUUCUGGAGGUAACGCCUAUGUUUCGAGAGAUGAUUAUAAAAGAGGGUACAAUAAAUCUGGGCUGGGCAAGAUGUCCAGUCUUUGAUUUCAUCUCAAUCAAAAGAUGUUUCAAAUGCCUAGGGUUUGGACAUUUUGCCAACCAGUGCCCUUCGAAAGAAACGACAUGCAGUCACUGCGGAGAUGCCCACCUUUAUAGAGAGUGCCCAAAAGACAAAGAUGUGAGAUGCGCCAAUUGCUACAGGAACAAACAGACAGACUACAAACAUAAUACCUUGGACAAGUCUUGUCCAAGUUACAUUAACGAACUACGCAAGUAUUCAUAA